AUGGGAGACGACGAUGCUUUCAAUCUCCAAAACACCAGAUUAUCCGUCAUUCUAGUCGGUUUUGGAUCGGCGGCUUUAGUCAUAACAAUCUACCAUUGCAUCGCCAUGGGAUGGUGCCACCACUUCCGUAAUAAUCGAGGCCAAACAUCGCAACCACAACGCGAUCAUCAUCAUCUUCACCACCAACAACAGCAACGUGUGUACGGACAUGAAAUGUUGGAGAUUAUGAGCUUUGAGAAUUCGACAGCCGAACUCAUCCCUGCCCAUAAGUACCAAAAGGGCAUGGGUUUGGUCGACGAAGAUGGGAUGUGCUCGGUGUGUUUGUCACAAUUCGAAGAAGGCGAAGAGUUGAGGACGUUACCGGAAUGUUUGCAUUCUUACCAUGCACCAUGUAUAGAUAUGUGGCUUUAUUCGCAUUCGAGUUGUCCUAUGUGCCGUACCGAUGCCACGCCGUUGCCGCAAAUAUCUCACCUUCGGUCGGAUUCGGGUUUUGUGCGUUUGGAUAUAGACAGGUAUGUUGCUUAA